AGUGCUGAGUCAGCGCCAGAAAGAGUAGUAUGUCAUCAUGGCUGUAUGGCUACUUUACCGGAGGUAAUAGAACGGAGACUGGGCUAGCGGGACCGACAGACGCCGAGAAGCACAGGAACCAGCAGAUUGAGGGGCUCAGAACCGCUGCCCCGUGUGUCAGAGAGAUACAGAGAGACCAACACUACAGGGUGGACAUUAGUGUAAAGGGAGAGCCACUUCAACUCGACAUAGUCCUGCCUCCUCAGUUCCCACUGACAGCUCCAGAGAUAAAGCUCUCUCGAAGGCUCCAACAUCCUUGGGUCAGAGACCACAGCCUUUCUGACUGCCCCGCUCUCAGAAAUUUCUCAGUCCAGUCCAACCUUGGGGAGAUUGUCAGCGAGGUGAUACAGGAACUCAACGAGAACAGCGUCCUCGUCCCAAACUCGUCUCCUCUCACUUCCCACGUCACCCCUCCCACUCCCCCCACCUCACCACAAGCCAUGACUUCCCCACACUCGCAGUCUGUCCUCCCAUCCUUCCACCAGCGGCCUCCAAUUGGAAGCUACCAGCCGUACUACCAGUUCUCAUCACAGCCCCAGCCCCUUCCUCAACAACCUCAACCUCAACCUCCUGCCCAGAAACCUCGCUCCCCUCGCUCCUCUCCCAAACCAAAGAGAAAAGCUCCACCUCCUCCUCGAGUGGAGAGACGCGGAUACACACCGCCACCUGUCCCUACCGAGUUUCCUACCGUCUCAGAAAUGAGGCAAGUUAAUGAGGAAUUGGAGAAGUUUCUGGAUGAAAAGGAGGGGUCAGUCCUGGUGGAGGACUACGUCAGAAAUAUGGAUGCGGUAAAGAAGAUACAGGCCGAUAGAGAUUUGCUCUUUCAAGAGAACGAAGAUCAAGCUCAUAUAAACCUAGGUCAUGAGCCAGAGCUGCAGAGUGGAUGGACACGACUACAGGAAAAGAGUUUUGAGCUAAUGGCAGAGAAGGAGAGGUACGACAGGCAGUCCAGAGAGCAGAUGGAGAUUAGGGAUAAAUAUUUAAAACUGAACAAAAGUGUUGCUUCACGGCUCAAAUCACUUGCACGGGAGGCGGAGACUGAAUCAGAGAUAAUGGCUGAAGACUUUUUAGAGAACAAAACACAGAAGGCGGAAGAUUUCAUACGAAACUUUAAAGAAAAACGAAAAGUGCACUACUUGCGUAUCAGUAAGUCUGAGAAACUCGAAAGAAGACAUUGAUAUCAAGGCAGUAUGGUGUCCUCAGUUCUCCAGUUUUAGUGCAUUUUUGUCUGCUGGCAAUAAUAUUAUCUUGUGUGUGUGUUUUGUGUCUGUACUAUAGCACGUGUAUUUUAUCCGAAUUAGACAAUUGUUUGAGCCCUAGUGUGGUGACGUAAGAUACGUGUCAGGUAAUGACAAGUCUGUCGGUGUUCUCGAUCAUGGCUUGCUGGGCGGCUCUCUCCUCUGCCUUCUCCCUGGCCUGUGUCUUGUAGCUCUCCCUCUUGGCUUCCAGAAGACUCCGCAGCUCCCCCCACAUCUUCACCUGUCUCAGGUUGUGCUCGUGAUUUGCCCGGACGUCCUUCUGUUUGUCUCUCAGUGCCCGACCCAGAUUCUCCUGCUCCAGGAUCUUGCGGGUGUACUGGUCGCGUAGAGAUUUCCUGGAUUUGUCCCCCGAAGCUGCAGUCUUUCCGGCCGUCGUGUAGCUCUUCAUCUCUGCAGCCACCUUUUGCUGCUGGAGCUCGACGCUCUGUUUGAGUGCCUGUAGGUAGUGGUACUGGCUCUCGUGCGUCGUCUUUUCCUCCCAGAGUUGACGCACCUCUGUCUCGAGUUGCAAGCGUUUGACCUCCAAUCCGAUGUAGACGGCAUCGUAGGUGACUUUCUUUUCCGCGUGCUGCGCCUGGAGAUCCUUAUGCUGUUGUCUGAGCGGACGAAUCUCUUUCAGGAGUGGCGCAAGUGAUGCUUUCUUUGAUCUGAUGACCUCGUUCAACUCUUCUAUCGUCUGCGUCAUUUCCCUCAACUUGGCUUCUUUGCGUUCGUCCAGUUCGCUCUUUGCGGCGGAAACUUGCUCCAGAGUCUCCUGUGCCUGAACGUAGCCCCUCACUCCUUUCUUCUCCUCUAGAACAGCCACUAGUUCCUGCACGUUCUCAUCGCGAGACCUCAGAAUCUCCUCAGUCCUUGCCAGGACACCCGACUCGGCUUUCAGUAGAGACAACUCUCCCUUUUUCUUCUGGUAGGUCUUGUGCAUCGGUCGAAGUUUGCCCACCAUUCUCUUAAACUCUUCCUCCCUCACCACUUCUCCCCGCCCCUUCAUCUGUGCACUCAUCUGCGCCUCUCUUUCCUUCAGUUCUGCUUCAACACUUGCCAAUUCGUCCAGAGCUGCCUUAUAGCUCUCGGCCUCGGCCUGUUUCUUGCGAGAGAUGAUGGCUGCCUGCUGGCGAAAGAGGGUCAGUUUGUCCUGGACUGGAUCGCUACCUGGCAUGUGCUUCUCCAUUAGCUCCGAAAGCUCAGCUUUGGUCUGCUCGAUUAGUUCUCGGAGGUCGUCAAGAUCAGUGUCGCUGGUGAUUGGUUCAGUCACCACCCUCUCCAGGUCGAUGCACUCUCUCCUCUUCUCAUCGAUGCUGCGAGGGAGGGUGUCGCAGACCAGGAUCGACUUGACGUGGUUCUCCUCGCCCAGUUUGGUAACGAGGCCCUGUGGGGUGAGCCCCUGAGCCGAUUGCCGAGUCUCCUCCAGUUGAUCCUGCAGUCGUGACACUCUCUGCUUGGCGUGGAGUAGCUGAUUCUUCUGCUCUAUACGCUGCUCUCCCAGUGACAACUCUCUAUCUUUUUCCUGUCGCAGUUUCUUGGCUGCUUCCAGCAUCUCAGUCUGCAUGGGCAUGGCUGCUGCUUUCCUCUUCAGACGCUCAAUUCUCUUCAUCAACAGCUCCUUCUCCUCCUCCAUUGAGCUGAUGUCCUUACGAACGUCAGCAACGUUGAACUGCGACGACCUAAUGCAAUAUCAGAGCUUCAACGAUAGACAACUCAUAGGUUUAUGCAUCAAACCUUUGUUGCUCUACUGUCUUAUGGAGCUCUUUGAACUGCUCCACUAGCUCCUGGUAGGUCGUGUGCAUUUCAAUUGCCGCUUCCUCUUGCAAAAACUCUGCCGGGACUUCGAUUUUCACCAGAAACUUGGCUAGAUACGCCCUCUUUUUGAGUUCGCUGGUUUUCUCUAACAGCCACUGCAGGAGAGGGUAGAUGGUAGCUUUCUCGCCGUCAAGGAGACCGUGUCGGAAGGCGUUCAGACCGCCGCCCUCGUCCGCUUUAGGUCUGUACUUGAGGAUCCGAAGGAGGGAAAAGAUGCGCAGCGCCGUCUGAUCGGGCGGUUCUUCCCGGAGGUCCAUCUUGUGCUCUGGGCUGAUCUCGGCUAAGACAUCGUUCAGGACUUGGAGCAGAGCCAGCGGCUCCAGGGAGUCGAAUGAGACGAGGUUGUAGCGGCGGGAGAAGGGAGGGGCGUUCAGCCGCUCCACGAUGUAGCGCAGCUGCUGACUCAUCGCUAGACGUGCACUCACGGACAGUCGCGACCGGAGCUGAUGAGUGAUUUCUUGCGCGCUACGGUUCUACAGAAAGUCUGUCUGUCUACUGCUGUGAUCCUAC